UGCAGUGAAGCUCAUGGCAGGAGCAGGGAGGAUCUGGUUGAGUGUGUUUGUCCAGGCCGGCGUGAUUUUGGCCUUUCCAGUGUUUCCCGCAGCACGGCCCAGCGAUGCCGACCUGCAGUUUGCGGAGGGAUAUCUGGAGAAAUUCUAUGGUUUCAAGCCACAAGCUGGUCGACAGAAGCGAGUGGCAGAGUUUGACUCAGAAGGGUUUCCAGCCAAGCUAAAGGAGAUGCAACAAUUCUUUGGACUGGCUGAGAGUGGUGAGCUUGAUCAGCAGACCCUCACUACCAUGAGGAAAGGCCGCUGUGGUCUGUCAGACGCUGAGCAGUUUGGUGAGACCAUGCGCUGGAGGAACCGAACUCUGACCUACAGAUUCUCCAACUACCCCCCCAAGAUGAAGCCCUCUCAGAUCCGUAGAGUGUUCAAGGCAGCCUGGAGGCUCUGGGCCCAGGUAACACCUCUGAAAUUCAGGAGGAGGGCGAGACGAGACGCAGACAUUGAGAUUUCCUUCAGCAACAAAGAUCAUGAAGAUGGUGCACCGUUUGAUGGUAAAGGGGGCGUUUUGGCCCAUGCCUUCCUCCCUGGACCUGGAAUUGGUGGAGAUGUGCACUUUGAUGCUGAGGAAGACUGGACAAGCAAUACCACAGGUUAUGACAUUUUUGCUGUGGCUGUUCAUGAGUUUGGACAUGCUCUUGGUGUUUCUCAUUCUUCUGACCCUGGAGCAGUCAUGUACCCGGCCUAUAAUUUUGCUCCACAUGAUGAAAUCCAGCUGUCCUUCCAGGAUGUCAAAGACGUUCAGGAACUCUAUGGUGAGAGUUCAGUCUUACUGGAAAAGCCACCGCCAAGAACGCCAGAUAAGUGUGACCCUGAUCUCUCGUUUGAUGCAGUAACAGAAUUACAACAAGAGGUUGUCUUUUUUAAGGACAGGUUCAUGUGGCGAACGCACACCGAUUUUAACGAAAUAGGCAUCACACUCAUUAGAAGCUUAUGGACUGGUAUACCUACACACCUGGAUGCUGCUUAUGAGGACCUAACCAGCUACACCAUGGUCUUUUUCAAGGGCUCUCAGUACUGGGAAGUGAAACAUUUGGAAGUAAAAGAUGGCUACCCAAAAAACAUCUCGGAUUUUGGUUUCCCAUCCAGGAUUAAGUCAGUUGAUGCUGCUCUUCAUUUCCGGGAAUACCAUGUCACUGUGUUCUUCACUGGUGGAGAAUGCUGGAGAUACGAUGAGGAGAAGCAGCAAAUGAUGGAUGGCUAUCCGAAGCUGAUAAGUGAUGAAUGGCCAGGAGUCCCAUCACCCAUAGAUGCUUCUGUAGCUUAUAAAGGAUUUGUCUACUUCUUCUUGGGGAACCUGCAGCUGGAAUUCGAUCUGAACCUUGGACGCAUCACAAACAAAAUGCUGGCGAACACAUGGCUUAAAUGUAGAGGACAAACGAAUCAGCAUGGCCAUAGAAGGAGCUUCUUAAGUCAUAUGACUUAAGUCGUAUGACUACUACAAAAGCAUGCUGCACUUUUUCUGUAAUGGCUACGUCACAGAGCGGAUUAGGGAACUAAAUUGCAGAAGUGACCUACAACAACUGAUCUACAACAAAAGCCUUUCUGGAUGAGUUAUUUGACACUGAUCAGUCCAAGCGGUUUACCACAUGUGCAGUCAAUGAGUGAAUGAAACACCAGGCAGGGAGUAAUGAUAGGAUACUGUAUGUUAAUGUUUAUGCCAUAUAUGGUGAUAUGAUGCUCACGUUUAAGCACAACCUGAACACUGAAUAAAUACUGAAUACUUUGAUUUUUCCAAGCAACAUCCUAAUAUAGGGCUCACAUUGGUGGAACUUGGGCUAGGUGGGCUUCAGGUGGGCAUGGGCUUUGAAUAAGUUUGUACGUUUUUAAUGUGUUUUUGUUGGGACCCAAUAAGCUUCUCAAACAGACCAUAUAGAGUGUGUUCACACUGUGUGUGCACUUCAUAAUCCGAUUACCGUACAACUUUAGAGUUUGUUAGUCAAUCAAUCAAUCAAUCAAUCAAUCAAUCAAUCAAUCAAUCAAUCAAUCAAUCAAUCAAUCAAUCAAUCAAUCAAUCAAUCAACCUUUAUUUCCACUCAGUAAUACAUUGAGUAAUACAUUUUGUCUUUUUAAUGAUCUAAUUUUAUGUUUUACCUUUUUAGCCAUUUUAUUUUAUUUAUUUUAUUCAAAUGAUGGGCCAACCUAAAACCCAUUGACAAAACCUUUUGAUUCUCAGUUUGGUUAUCCAUACAUGCCUCACAUCUUAGGCAUCUUAUGUGAAUUCUCAGUUUUAGUGUCCGCAUCAGUGAUGACUGGGAUAUCAGUAGACGUACAGUCAAACCGAAACACUGCCCAAAUGCUCACAAUGUUUACUGCUGGUCUCCAUCCACCUCCACCUUUUUGCCUUGGGCAGGGAUUAACGCUGUAUGUGUAUGGAUAAGGCUCACCAUCUGCAGAAAACAGGCAAGUUCAAACCAGCAGAGGUGGGCUUCUUUGCAAGAA